AUGGCUUCCUCCACUGUUUCCUCCUGGGUUCCACCUUCACUUCCCGAGCCCGCCGCCGCCUCAGGCUUGAUCCUCCUCGACAGGUUGUGCUACAUCGCCGACCUCCCAAACAACACCACCGCCAAGAGCACCACGAGCACCGGCUUGCCGAUCGAGGUGACCUUCCGCGCCGCCCGCCCGCCACUUGUCUCCCACUUCUGUGUCCACUGCCCUGGCCUGGACUUCAGCCGCAUAGGGCCCAAGAUCGUCGCCACUGACGCGGAUCUCGUCCUCCUCCGCGUUCCCCUCGACCCCAACGGCAGAAGCAUCUCAGGUUGGAACUGGGACCACUUCGUCUACAGGCCGCGCGCCCAGUGGCUAGAUCUGGUACCGAACCCCCCGCACCUCGGGGCGCUCGACGCCGCCGCAACCGCCCUCAUUAGCCGCGAGGACGGCGCUUGGUUUGCCGUCGCUGCUCUCGCUUUUAGGCCCCCCCUGUACAAUGGCCGCAAGCUCAUUAGCUGGGAGAAUGUUCUAAACAAGCGUCCACUCGCCCACCCCCAUCGCGGGAUGUGUAAAAAACGAGGGACUUUGGUCUUGACACUUGCCCACCCCAAGGGAUGUUCGAAACAAAGCAGUCGUCCUGCCCGGAGGCGAGGACUUUUUCGACCACUUGCCCACCCCAAGGAAUGUUCUAAACAAGUGACCACUCGCCCACCCCUAUCGUGGAAUGUUCCAAAUAUGAGGGACUUUGGUCUUGACACUUGCCCACCCCUAGGAAUGUUCGAAACAAACCAGUCGUCCUGCCCAGAGGCGAGGAUUUUUUGA